UCCUCUUUGAAGAUACCGGAUUCGAGCCUUCGUGCUAUCUCUUUUUCACACCGGUCGAAGUUGAUCCUCUAUUGGUACAGAAAAAUACUAUAGAUGAUUCACAAAAGUAUACAGUAAAAUUAAAAAUAAUAUCGAUUUUAUUAUAUCUUUAAAAAAAUAUAGAUUUCGUUUAAUAUUACUAAAAUUUUGACAUUUUACCCGAAUAUUUUGUUACCGGCGAUGUAGUACAUGCUGUCAGCGGUGGGGUGUGUGAAGGAGACAAAUAAUCAGGUGGUAAAGUCUCGAAGGCUGCGGAGGCGGCCAGUUUGACCAUUUUUUGUUGGGCCGCUGAUUGUGAAAGAUUACACUUGAGAGUCGAAAUACAUCUUUACAUCACACGUCAGUGGGCACUGCGCUGUCUUCAAAGUAACACGGAUUAGACACACGCAGUUUCAUUUUACGCAAUUAUGCCUGCGUGUGACCUGUGAUAGUGAAAGACUGAAAUAGUGAUCUCUAUAAACUCUGUAUGUGUAUGGACUAAUUUGGUGUUUGGAGCUGCGUGUUUUUCACAAUCAGUUGUUACUGUAAUUUCAAUGGCGGUUUCAACAUUAAACAUGACACCGUACUUCACAGGAUACUCUUUUCAAGGUCAGGGUCGUAUGAAUCAGUUGGGUGGAGUGUUUAUUAAUGGACGUCCAUUGCCGAACCACAUCAGGCUGAAGAUUGUGGAGAUGGCAGCAGCAGGAGUGCGUCCUUGUGUCAUCUCGCGGCAACUACGCGUCUCGCAUGGCUGCGUUUCUAAGAUUCUCAAUAGAUAUCAGGAAACUGGUUCCAUCCGGCCUGGUGUUAUCGGAGGAUCGAAACCAAGAGUGGCAACGCCUGAAGUAGAAAAUAGGAUAGAAGAACUGAAGAGACAAAACCCAGGUAUAUUCUCCUGGGAAAUUAGAGAUAAACUAAUAAAAGAAGGCAUCUGUGAUAAAAACACAGCUCCGUCAGUCAGUUCAAUUUCGAGACUAAUAAGAGGAGGCAAAAGGGACGAAUCAGAUCCUAGAAGAAAUCACAGCAUUGAUGGUAUUCUAGGGCCGUCGUCUUGUGAAGAUUCAGAUACUGAAUCAGAACCUGGUAUUACGUUAAAAAGGAAGCAACGGAGAUCUAGAACAACAUUCUCUGGAGAUCAGCUCGAGGCUUUGGAGCGAGCAUUCACUAGAACUCAGUAUCCAGAUGUUUACACAAGAGAAGAACUGGCACAGAAAACUAAACUCACUGAAGCAAGGGUUCAGGUAUGGUUUUCUAACCGAAGAGCACGACUGCGGAAACAACUCAAUUCACAACAACUUAGUGCUUUUAAUACCAUGUCAUUGCAAUCAGCGUUUCCUUCCGUCCAUCAACAGUAUGAGCCCCCUUCGACCUUCAAUACCCAAUGUGCAACAUGGCAGCAGUCAUAUUCAUCAGCUCUGGGGUCAAGUUCAGUUCUGAAUUCAGCGCUUGCGCCCUCUCUCCACCAAUCUCCUUUAACGGCCCCAUCUGUUUGCCAGUCAGCGCUAGCAGCAUCGUCAUUGCAUCCACCUACAUCUAGUUCCUUCUCUACCGGAAAUCUAACUCCUUUAUCGCAUUCUUCUGAACUUGCAACACCGUUGCAACCACCAGCAGAAGCCACACCGCCCAGUUCGAGUCCAGCAACAACAACUCCAUCUGCAAACCAAAGUAGUGGAAUUACAUACCCACACUCGAGCUAUUCAAAUCCGAGCGACGCAGUUACACACUCUUAUGGUUAUGGGGAUUAUUCAAAACAAGAACAUGCGAUGUCAGCUCACAAUCAUUGGGCUUCAAGACAACUCAGUGCUCAUCCGCAGAACAAGUUAGCAGAAGUUGGUGCUUGGCCAGAAAACUAUAGUUCCUUUUUCGGCACGAAUGCAUCACACUAUGCCUCACAUGCCCAUUCCCCGACGGAGGCUAAGUCUGGGUAUCCUUACUUAGGGCAACUUGGAGGAAUGGAUAUGGGACGAGUUCACUAGUGAAAUAUUCACUGGUUUUAUUCAGAUGGCAAUAAAUAUUACUUAGUAGUAAAAUACAUAUUUGUAAAUCUCAGUCAUAUUGUAAAAUAAUAAAAAAAUAUUAAAUGGUGCCUUAAUACAUGGUUCAAAUUAGAUACUGUAAACAGAAGAGUAAUAUGAAGUCAGUCAUUUUAUUACAUUAAAGGUAUGGGAGGUAAUUGAAUGUUCCUAUUAUAUGGAGAUAUAGCGUGAUGAUAUCGUCACGCUAGUAUAUACUAAGCUUAAUCGAAAUCAUUAGUAUUUUUUGACGCAGUUUUCUACUAGUGAAAUAUAACAUUUAUCUAAAAAAAAAUAUGAUAAUCAAACGUCAAGAAAAAAAUAUUUAGACUUCCGUAAUACCUCAAAUAUCAUCGUUUCUCAAUCCAUGUAUUUUUAUUAAAAAAAAAUCUAAUUCACUGGUAAAAUAAUCUCUUAAAAGGGUGUUAAUAAUUUAAAUUUCAUGUAGUAAAACAAUAUGAACUCUCCUCCACGAUUUUUACACGACUGACCGAAAAAGUAGAGCAAUGUUUUCAAGGUUCAUCUAUGUAUAUUAAUUUCUUUAUUCAACCAUAACUUCUAAAUACCUAUCGAUCACACAGCGUUAUUUGUAGAGAAAGUCUUGUACUAUAUUAUUUUAUCUAAAUAUUUUGCGGCUAAUUUUAUUAGUCUCACUAUUUGUAUUAUACAGCUUUAUUUAGAAUAAUUUUAUAAAUAUAUAAUAAAUUAAGUUUUAUUGUAUUAUUUACGGUUCCUGAUAUUAUUAUACUAUUGCAACGUCAUUUAAACUAUAAUUAUAUAAAUUAGUUAUAUUUAGAUAUUAAAUGUUGUUAUUAGUUUGUAAGUUGUUGAAUAAUGAAUCUGUAAGAAACUAAAAAUACUGUAAGUAAUUUACGUAAUUAUAUGAAUGUGAAAUGCCUUGCUUUAUGAAUGCCUUGAUAGUAAGUAAACUAUGAAAUGUAUUAUUACCGUCUCUAAAAUGAUUGUAACAUAUAUUUACCGAUUCAGUAGCAUUUUGUAAUAAAGUAUCACACAUAUCUUUUGGUCUUAGUCUCAUUUUACUUAUAAUACUUAUCGGUGAAAUAUAGAAAUAAUAAAAUGCCUUAGAUGACAUGUGAUUUUAUAUAAAUAUAGAUAUUUAUUUUAUUGAUACUUUACUGCAUAUUAGAAAUAGCCAAUAGUUUGAUAAUAAGCACAUUUGUAUAAAUAACAGUUACAUA